AUGGUUGUCAGACCCCAGGAGAUGGCAGCUGAGCCUCUGGCUCUCCUGGCCAUGCAGAGAGUUUCACGGCCAGUCCAGGACCACGUCCCAGCCCUUCAGCCUCCUGCCAAGCCCUCAAGACCUCCCCAAGGCCAGCUCCUGAUGGGUAACAGCAGCCUCCGCACCUUUGAGGACCAAGUCCUCUGUUGCAUUUGCCUGGAGGUGUUCUGCAACCCAGUCACCACUGCCUGCGGACAUAACUUCUGCAUGGCAUGCCUCCACAGUUUCUGGGACCACCAGGCUGCCACGGGGGGGAUGCUCUAUUGCCCCCAGUGCCGAGAGAGCUUCCCCUCCAGACCGUGCCUCUCCAAGAAUGUCGUCCUGGAGGAAAUGGUGACCUGCUUCACCCAGGCCAAGGGCCAGACCCUGCAGUCCCCACAGAAACUGGCCGGGCCCAGGGAUGUGCCCUGUGACUUCUGUUCCCCUCAGAAGCUCAAGGCCAUCAAGUCAUGCCUGCAGUGCAUGGUCUCCCUGUGUGAGCAGCACCUGCACAGUCACUCUGAGGACCCGAUGUUCCAGGACCACCAGCUGCUGGAUCCCAUGUGGGAUCUCAAGAACUGCUAGUGCCGGAAGCACCACAAGCUGCAGCAGGAGGAGCGCGCCCACAAGGAGGUUAAGGUUUGGAAGAUGCAGGCCAAUGUGGAGAACCAGAUGCUAAUCAUCACCUCCAACAGCCAGAAGCACCAGGAGCAGGUGGCCUCUCUCUCGAAACUGAUCCAGACAACAGGCGAUGAGGUGAACCGCUGCUUCUCAGAGAUCAUCCAGGAGAUCAAACAGCUGCAGGGGAAGGUCUUGGAUUUUGUGGAAAAAGAGGUGGCAGCUGCCCUAGGAAAGUUGGGCAGCUCCAUCCAGCAGAGCCACAAUCGGCUCCUGAAGCUGGAGGGGACAGACAGCAUCUGGCUCCACACCCUGCUCACCAACAGGAGCGACCAGCAAUUUCUGCAGGAGUUCCCCAGGCUGAUGCACUUCCCAGUUUGCAAGGAACCCCUAAUGGGCAUCAACUUUGAGGAGAAGCAUACCUUCCUCCACUUGCCAGAGACCCUGGCAGAGCUCCAGACCCAGCUGGGGGACGUGGGUGUCAGCUUCAUCAACCAGCUCCUCCAGAAGGGCAUUGAGAUGAACUCCUUUGAAGUGCUGCCCCCAGCUGUGGACAGGAAAACACUUCUCAAAUGGUACUGCAACCUGAACUUUGACCCCACCACAGCCAGCGAGGAGCUGUUGCUGUUCAAGGAAACGCACUCAGUGCUGAACCUGGGCAUCCUCUUGGAGGAUGUUGCCGCCGCGGGCGGCCCCUUCCCAGGCUUCAAGCAGUGGCCGCAGGUGCUGUGCUCGCGCGGCCUGUCCGAGGGCCGCCACUACUGGGAGGUCGAGGUGUCCAACUCGUGGGUGUGCCUGGGCGUCACCUACCGCCGCCGCCCAACGCUCAGCGGCCGCCCGCGCCGCAACAUCGUCCACCUGCUGGGCCGCAACCCCUACUCGUGGUGCCUGGAGUGGGACUCGCUCAAGUUCUCCGUGUGGCACAACACGCAGACGGUGCUGCACGGCGCCUACCACCCCACGCUCGGCGUGGCGCUCGUCUGUGGUGGCGGCUGCCUCUCCUUCUACGGCGUGGCAGGCGGCAUGAGCCUCCUCUACCGCUUCCUCGCCCCCUUCCUGGAGCCGCUCUACCCCGCGGUCAUGGUCAGCAGCGCCGCCUCCGUCACGCUCAGGCAGCGCCCGGGGCGUAGGCGACGCCAAUAAAGCUGGGCUGCAGCUCUGCUUGCGCAGGAGGGUGGCCGUCGCGUGGCGUGGCCCAGGGAACCUGCCUCCAACCCGCAGCCCGGGCCUCCCCUGAGGCGCCCGCCCCGGGGCCCCGGGAAUCCCAGGACGCAGGCGGAGCCCUC